GGAUUUCUGCAGAUGUCAACUGUCACUUCACGAUAGACGUUUGUUCAGCGGAGGACGGACGACGUAGUUUGUUGCCACUUAUCCAAAGUAAAGCAAACUACAACCACUUUUAUCCACUCAUUACAUACUUCGAUCAGAUUUGCUUCAGAGAUAUAGGCAAAAAGAUACUGGUUACACGGAAAAGCUGAGGAGGGGUGUGACUGAUCCUAGAUCGGUGCCAAUCGCGCGUCAAGCUGCCUAUACAGAGGGCACUGCGCCAGGCUAUGUGCCAUUCAAAGCCAGUGACAAAGAAAAAAUCGGAAAAGAUUGUAAAAAGGUAGAGGACCGCGGGGGCGAUCGUGUAGCGAGGCACGAGUAAGCAAACCCCCCGAAGCGAACAGCCAUUGUGUUCGUUCAGAUUAUGUGAGAGCGCCAUACAGUUGACGCUCGACGUGAAGAAAAUGUGCGGAAGGGGCACGAUGUGCCAUUGGGAGGCGCACGGCGACAGGAAUUCCGUCAAGGAGACGGAGAAACUCAAGAACGACUGGAGGAGAGGCGAUGGGGAAAGCAGGCACCGAUGGCAGAAAUCGGGAAGGAAGCAGGGAAGAAGGGCGCACGGUCUAAAAAUGCGCAAAAACCGCGCGAGAGCGCCCGGUGCGGUGGUGUCGUUGCGCCCUGCGCACCGAGCACCUGGCAUGAGGGCGCCCAGGAACACCAACCAGUUCCUCAUGCACGAGAAAUACCAGAUGAUGCAUAUGAAAUCGGACUCGGUUGGCACGGAGAGCGGCUCCGAUUGCGAAAUGAACUUCGCGGAUAUGGACUCGUACCUGGGCGUGCUCGAGAAUGCCCGAGGCGCACUGCUGGACAUUCCCGAUAUGCCCUCGCCACCCACGUUUUACGCACGGCAGAGGACACAGACGUUCACCUUCUUCAACUUCGACCAAGAAGAAAGCAUGCAGUAUUUCCCAUCUGAAGACGACGUGAUGCAAAGCGAGGAUUUCAUGCAAAGAGACUUCAAAGAGUUUUGUGAGACUGUCAGCACUGUGGCACCAUGUGUUUAGACACCUGCCACAGGUAACGUGUUUACGUCAUCGCUUUGGUGGUUUUGAGAACAAAAUAUAUUUGUUGUAAUAUUACAGGACAUUUCUGUGAUUGUUUAUUCUGUAAUGUGUGAUGAGUGGUCUGUUAUGGGAGGGGGAGAGAAAGUAGGAGUGAUGCGAGACAGCCAAUCACAUUCGAGAUCAUUUGAUCGCUCAUGACAAACAUACCAGUGGGUUGUACUGCAAACUGUUUGUCAACGUUUUUAUAAUAAAAUGACAUUUUGCUAAA